AUGGAAAAGGAGUUGCUUGCUGUUAUUUUUGCUUUUGAGAAAUUUAGAUCAUAUCUUAUUGGCACUAAAGUAAUUGUAUUCUCUAAUCAUGCAGUGCUUAGGUACCUCCUCCAAAAGAAGGACCCCAAGCCACGACUGAUUAGGUGGACCCUCUUGCUUCAAGAAUUCAAUUUGGUAAUUAGAGACAAGAAAGGGAGUGAAAACAUGGUGGCUGACCAUUUGAGUAGGCUGGUGCAAGGAUCCAAUGAAGAAGAGGACGUGCUUCCUCUACGUGAAAGUUUCCCCGAUGAGCAACUCUUCACCCUCGAAGCCGAGGACCCUUGGUACGCUGACAUUAUCAAUUAUAAGGCUUCAAAACUGAUUCCAGAGGAUCUCACUCGCACUCAAAAGGAUAAGCAUGUCAAUGUUUGGGAAGAUCCAUACUUAUGGAAAUAUUGUCCGGAUCAUAUUGGUUUAUGA